UCCCUAUUAUCUACUCCUGGUUUUAUUUACCCAUGUAGGAAUGAGGAAACACUGGCAAGGGGAUCAAGGCCGCCCACUUGCACGCUCAUGCAACAGCACGCACGCACGCACGCACGCACGCACACACUCAUAUAUAAUAUUAUGUAAUCAUAAAUCUUGAAUAUAUGCUGUAGCUGUAUUGUGAGCGUGGGGUGGGGCGAUAUAAUAGUGGGCACGCAAGAGUAGCUUUCCGCGAGCACUACGUCGUCUCCGUCUUUUUCUAAAAUUUGGGGGUGGGGGACAAAUUUAGGGACCCUAUUAUCUACUCCUGAUAAUAUGAUAUCCAGCACCUAGAGUGCACUAGUACAGCACAGCAUUUGUCUAGUUCACAGCUGCGUGUGUACAUAGCUCUAGUAACUAUUCGAACGCGUCAUCGGGCAGGCGUUACCCUGGCAACUAUAGGUAAGCCUAUAUGAAUGGAAUCUUUUGUUAGUUGUACACAGAAACAUAUGGAGAAGUGGGCGCGCGGUAUGCUUAUACACGCGUAUGUGCGCGUUUAGAUACAAUCAAGAGCGUAUUAAGAAGGUAAUUGAUGUUACUGACUUACUCAACGUAGAGCAAUCACGUUAUGCUAGACCGACCAGGCUGUGCGACCGAUUGUCUAUAGUAUAGGUCGAUUGUCUAUAGUAUAGGUCUGCUAACCCUAGCAAGACCGUUUCUUGGAGCUAACGUUAUGCGUGCUUACAGUGGACUGAUGAGCGUCAAAAAUUUGUAUAGCCACCGUAUAUCGCAGCAUUUUCGUGUUUGGGCUCACUGACGGUCUCUGAUCGAUCAUCGCUUUCUAUGCCAAUUCACUAGAUGAAAUGAAACAGUUUUACAUAUUGUGAUCUUCAGCGUUUUGACCCGUCUAUCGAACUUCAACGGGCUUCCUUAUGCGAGCCGCCAAGACUCCGCACGCGAAAAUGGUUGCGCGAAAGAAACCCUCAAUGACGUUAUAUCUGCGACUCGGCGGGACAAGACGCACAUUUCACCUGACGGCUGUACAGCCGGGAGAUUCUAUUCGUGAUAUUAAGGCCGAUAUCGAGCUAGUAGCUGGCAUUCCCGCUCAUAUCCUGAGACUGUCAUUUUUAGAUGAAGGCGACCUCCACGACGACAGCACCGUUAAUGACAAUUACAUCGUAACCGGGGCCACACUGGACUUGCGUGUAUGGGAUCAUUGGCAAUUGCUCAUGACGAUAGCAUCGAAAGGCGAUUCAGAGACCAUCUUCAACUUGGGUGUUACGAAAACUAGCUCUUACAAAAGCUCAUACACGGACUAUAUGAACGAGGUGGACCGGCAGGACUGGUUUGCUCAGAGAGGAUUCGUGGCUCUGUUCAUAGCUUGUCACCGGGGACACUAUGGGCUUGCACAGCGUCUCAUCAAUGCCGGUGUUGAUGUAAACUGUGCUACUAAGUUGGGAAGAAGGCCACUCCAUGCCGCCGCUUGCCAGAACAAUUAUAAAAUAGUCAACCUUUUAUUGCAAAACGGUGAGUUAAGAGUAUAGGAUCAAUGAACAGACGGUAUAGCCGUUUGGGUGAAGAAUGGAUAGGUCAAUUAGUCACCAUUAGUCGCGAUUUAUUAGUUGUUAAUUGGACACAUGUAGUCUAACGGAUUCUUAAUAAGUUAUAUUCAGCUAUUAAUAUUACUAUCAAAUAUUUAUUUCCCCAGUGGCAGUGGUGUGUUUGAUACAUGUCAUGAUUGUAGUAAAUCUAAACUAUACAUGUGAUCUCUACGACAGGUCCUCAUAAUCGAUUCAAGAAUAAAGUGUGGGAAACAAAAGUUGUUGUAUUUUCUGACACUUUGCAGUCAGAUUUAUAAUCGAUUCUUCUUGAUUACAGGGGCUGACAUUGCUGCAGCUGACAUUUUUGGCAAAACGCCGCUAGGGAUUGCUACAGACUGUGGCAACAAGAGUGUAGCCAGACACCUUUUCCUGUACUGCUGGCAACAGAGAGCCACAUCAGGGAGGAAAGAAUGCCCACAGAGAGAAAGCCAGAUGGCCCCAUCUGACUUCCUGCAACCUGUCUGGAAACCUUGAACAAUAAUUUAGGGACCAUUCCUUGGUCAAAAACAUUAUAAAUAGUUAUGAUAAUAACUCUAAAAUGUCAUAACUUUUGCAUGAUACUUCACUUCAAAUGUCAUUACAUUCAAGACUUGUAAUAACUAAUUAUGUUUCUGAUAACAACCCUCAUAUAUAUAAUUACAGCGAGAAAAAAUUAGUCCAACUAUGCAUAAGUAAUCAGGCAAUACAAAAUCAAAUAACGAAUGUCACUGCGAAAAAGCAGCCAUUCAGUAUCUCAUUACUGUAUAAAUUACAUUCAUCAGUGAAUGCAAGAGCACUAAAAACUCAUAGAAUCAAUAUUAUAACAUAAUAUCAACACUUACACUGUCCUAAGACUUAUGAGCUAUACUGGCAAGAAAGCACAGCUAUUAACUAGAAAUAAUACAGUUGGUGUAUUAAUACCUUUUCAUAUAUAAAAACACUGGGAAAGUAAUCUCGUAUGAGGCAAAUUAAUACAACCUAUGAUAUAAUUUUCACUUACUACUCAUGAACUCAUUUUACCAGUUUACUGGUACUCUCUGCUUACCAUAUUAAAUACACUCUUAGAAAUUGUGCUGAUAAGUGAAACCACAAGAGGAUAAAUAUUUCCAAUAGCAAUUGAAGUAUCAGGGGGUUAGCUUCUUAGAAUUGCUUCUUUGCCAUAUCAUACUAAUGAAUGAGUUAACCAAACAGUGCAUGACUUGGGGCUGUCCAUCAGCAGGCUAAUUAAUAAUGGACGAAUUUGAUGAGAAAGCUUCCCUGGAGGUUUUUUCAUUUUUAGCUCAUCUGACAUAGUCGGAUGCAGCUUGUAGAAUCGCAUGAGCGUGCGUCUGUCCGUCCG